UGAAAACGCGUCGGCCUCCCAGCGCCAAGACUUUGGAUAUUGGAUGACGAUGAAUGGUGUUCUAAAGAGGUCACGAAUGUUCGCCUGUACCCACGCCGACUGUGGAGCGACUUUCCCAAGGGAGUGGAAGCUGAAAGAACACGAGACCGUGCACACCGGAGCACGCCCGUGUCUGUGCGCCAUCCCUGGAUGCGGUCGUAGCUUCAAGAGGAAAUGCCACCUGAGACGCCACUUACUUCAGCACGAAGGGAAGAGGCAGUUCCAGUGCAACAUUGAAGGUUGCGCAAAAGCUUUCUUCCUCGCACACAAGCUGAAGAGGCAUCUGCGCGUCGCUCAUGGAGAUGAAGAAAACCUUUUCGAGUGCAGCCAACCGAACUGCACCCUCAGCUUCAAGAAGCGCAGAAUGUUGAAGUUUCACUUGCAGGAGCAUAAUGUGCCAGCAGUGUUCAAAUGUACUAAAGGUGGAUGUACUGCAACAUUCAACUCCCACAUUGCCCGUAAAGCCCAUGAGAAGAAGCAUGCAGGUUAUCGCUGCCAUUAUGAUGGCUGCCAGGUGCUUGAACACACCUGGGGAAAACUUCUGAAACACAUGGCCAAACACCCAGCUACUUUUACCUGCUCUGUCUGCAAGAAGGUCUUUAAGAAAGCCGGUUCUCUGCGCAGACACAAACGAAGCCAUGCUUCCCACAAGCCUGUGCUCGUGUGUCCAAGAGACGACUGCCAGGCCUACUUCUCCACGACCUUUAACCUGGAGCACCACAUUCGCAAGGUGCACCUUCAGCUGCUGAAGUUCAAGUGUUCCUUCCCCGACUGCCUUCGGAUGUUCGCCAUGAGGGAGAGUUUGCAAAGGCACCUUCUUCGUCACGAUCCCACUGCCACCAUAAUGAUGAAACGGAAGAGGCCAAAGAAAACCUGGCAGAAGCGCCUGAAUGGAAACAGUCAGCCAUUCGUCGAGGAGAACCUGGGUCGCCUCUUUGCGCUUCGGAUGCGGAUUUCCAGACGUGCCAAAGUGGAAGCGGACCUCUCUGGUCUGUUCAACGAACGCAAGAUCCCUCACUAUGUGGACCCAGAAGUCAACCUACGGGACUUGUUUGGGAUCAAGCAGUCCUGUCCUUUUGAGGUCCUGGAGGCUGCACCAGUGAGAAGUUAAUGCACACAAUGACUGCAUUUUGUUUUGCUGGAUUAAUUGGGGCCCUUUUAUUUAAACUAAUUUUAUGACUUGAGGACAUGGAGAAAACUAAGUUUCUGAAUUUCUUGUACGCUGACCCAAUAAAAUAAGUUUGUUUAACCUAAA